AUGCCCGCGAAUUUUGAACUUGAGGACGGCUCUGCCACAAGGCUCAAGAGGGAUGCAUUAGCAGGAUACCAAUACCGCUGCAGACAGAAACGCUCUCUAUCUGCGAGCACUCUGGGCCAGCCUAUCAACAUUCGCUCCCAUGGAGCUGCGAACAUCGCUAGCGCUGAAACCAACCCUAAAAACCAGAGCCGUCUGGUCCGUCGUGAGAACCCUGAACGAGCGAGUCCGAAACAAGGCAAUCCUGGUUGCCAAAACCAAGGAUUCCCCCGCCUGUGCUCUUAA